AUGCCACAAUCAAAUAGAUUGAAACGUAUCAAGACUUCUCAAGACCAAACUGAAAUAAAAGAUGCUGAUCGAAGGAUUUCGUCUUCGUCCGCGUACUAUUUUUCUACAACUAACGGAGAUGAUGCUGACGUUUCACUAGACAUCUUCCAAUCUCCGAAUUUACUGACUAUUCCACCCGAGAUUCUUAUUCAUAUUUGCAAACAUUUGCCACCCAUCGAUCUUCUCUCGUUGGCACGUGUUUGUAAACUAUUUAAUGAAUACCUAUGCACAGAUGAAUCAAUCACUACCCAACAUAUCUGGCGAGAAUCUCGAUUGAAUCACGUGAGAUUUCUUCAGCUCCCACCGCCAGAAGGGAUGAGUGAACUUCGGUAUUGCCGAUUAGUGCUCGAAAAAGGAUGCCAACUAUGUGGAACAAAGCUUACUAGAAAGGUGUACUGGGAAUUUCAGGUUCGUUGUUGUACUCUUUGUUUCGACACAAAUACACUGAGUGAAUGGGAUGUUAUUCAUAAGGACCUCUGCAACGUCCGGAUACAAGAUAUCUUGCCAGCUAUUAAAAGAGCAUCAUACGCGCUCGAUCGAUUCUGGAAGCCCCAUCUACAGACGCUCUACAAAGAAUUUGAAACGAUUCCUGAGGAUAAACGAUUGGACUGGUUGAAAGCGAAAAAUGAAAAGCUAUUGAUAUACAAUAAAGAUGUUUCUCAACGACAAAAUGAAGAACGAAAAGAACGCGCCAAUAGAUAUUUCGAGCACAAGAAACGAUCAGAAGACCGUGCUAAAUUCCUCCUAGCAAAAUUUCAAGAAGAUUUGGCAGCAGAAGUAAAGGAAGAUGGCCAACCAGUCUACAAGGAAUCCUACAUUCGUGAAUGUCCAUCUUUCAAAAAAGCCUGCGUAGAAAACUCACGCCCAUUCACUCAACGAUGCUGGAAGAAUUUGAAGCGAAAAUUGCGAGAGGAGCAUAAAGUAGUCGAAGCUAAAAAGAUCGAGGAAGAAAAUGAGAAUCAAAAAUGGCGAGCGCUUAUGAGACGAAUUCGACCAUCAUCUUAA